UCACAAGCUGGUUCUCCAUCAAUGGCGUCCUCCUCCGUCCUGCGCGUCCUCCCUGUGUUUCUCCUCGUGGCCGCCACCCACGCCGCCCAGUUCACCAUCACCAACAUGUGCCAGUUCACCGUGUGGGCGGCGGCCGUGCCGUCCGGCGGGGGCCAGCAGCUCGACCCGGGGCAGGACUGGCAGAUCGACGUGCCGGCCGGCACGACGGGCGGGCGCGUGUGGGCGCGCACGGGAUGCAGGUUCGACGGCGCCGGCAACGGGUGGUGCGAGACGGGCGACUGCGGCGGCGUGCUGCAGUGCACGCAGUACGGGCAGGCGCCCAACACGCUGGCCGAGUUCGGGCUGAACCAGUACGAGGGCCAGGACUUCAUCGAUAUCUCCGUCAUCGACGGCUUCAACGUGCCCCUGGACUUCCUGCCCGCCGACGGCACGUCCGGCUGCCCCAAGGGCGGGCCGCGCUGCGACGCCGACAUGACGGCGCAGUGCCCCGCCGAGUUCCAGGCCCCUGGAGGGUGCAACAACGCGUGCACGGUGUUCAAGGAGGACCAGUACUGCUGCACCGGGUCGGCGGCCAACAGCUGCGGGCCGACGGACUACUCGAGGUUCUUCAAGGGGCAGUGCCCGGACGCCUACAGCUACCCCAAGGACGACGCGACCAGCAUCUACACUUGCCCCGGCGGCACCAACUACCAGGUCAUCUUCUGCCCGUGA